AAAACUUUAUGUAGUUUUAAAUUGCACAGACCUACAAGUAUGUACCUCAAACUCGUCCCAACUUACAUCCCUCUCAUUAAUUUGCGUAAACCAUUUCCAUGUUGCGGUGAGGUUCUUUACAUUUCUUCAAGAGCAUCUCAAUUUAGUCCAGAUUUGGAACUCUAGGUUUCCAUUCUCCCAAAUAGUUAACCUAAGGAUCCCUAGCACCGAUCGAAUAGUUUACUGGGAAAAUGCAAAUUGAACCUAAAUUACAAGUUGACAUGUAUCAAGUGAGACUCGUUCGAGAUACUUGUAGAAGAUGCAUUGGCGGCAGUUGAUGCAUUUUUAAUGUAGGACUCUGCCAAUUUUUCUAAUAAAAUAAUUUAUUUCGCGAGAUUGAUCCAGAAACGGUAUAGACAUAUUUGACAUCUGCUAUUGAGCUGUUGAGAAUCACGAAGCGGAAUAGGAGAGAAGAGACACAGCCAUGGGGCAAUCGUCCUCCACCGACCAGCCAUCCCCUGAGCAACGGGAAGCAGAAUCCUUAGCUGCGUCCACAGGAGCACUUCCGACGCUCCAAAAGACAUUUUCUAUCCUCUCCGAUCCCCAAACAAACACCAUCCCAGUUGAAUCUCUUAAGAAAUGUUUCCGAUUUACCAUCGAGAACUCUGCGAGCGAAGUAACCAGUGUACCUGAAGAAUUUCCCGUUCUCUUGAGUCAUCUGAGUUCAUGUAUAGUUGAUCUUUUCUUCUUAUCUCAAAAGGGAGGAGUGAGCUGGGUGGAGUUCUUGAAAGGCUAUUCUAGGUGUUGUGGAAGGAAAAUUGCUUCCAGUUCAUUCAACAAUCUAUUUAGGGUUUUUUCUAUGAUGAAUUCGAAAGCAGGUCUUCCUGAAAAACUGCAAUUCGAUCCUGAUGAUGAUGAAUGUAAAGCCAAUGGAUAUCUAUUGCCCCUUGAUAUAUCGAUGCUUCUUUGGAUGUGCUGGGUUAUGUGGUCGGAUUGUAAGAAGCUGAGCUCUACGGAAUCUUCAGGACAUUCUGGGCUUCUUCCAGAUGUAAGUCACUUGGUAUUGUCAGCCACUGAAUCAUGUAUUGAAAAUUGUACCACUAAAUUGGACAUUUGGGAAUCUUCAACUUUACAAACCAAUGUUCAACUUCCUGCUGCUAAGAUCACCAUGUGGGCCUUGAAGACAUUGCCAAACCUUGCAGAUUGUCUUUCACAAUUUGUCCAAGCAAGACUUUUCUACUUUGCAACCCAUGAGGACAAACUAGAACAGGGGUUGCAUUUUGUGAUUGAUAUUUCCCAAAGGGAUGAUUCCAUUAGCAACCUCCUUACUCGUGGAAGGGCAUGGGCUAUCUCGCUUACUUUGCAGAGCACUAUGAGUGAAGAAAUUUCAAAAGCUUGCUUUUCAAGUAGUGCAGAUGAGAUGAAUGAAUUGAUUCUUUAUCGGUCAUCAAUCCAUGGGAAAGGUUUGAACAGGUUUUGGUCAAAAACUGAAGGAUAUAAUGGUCCAUUGUUGAUUUUGGUGGCCGCUUAUGAACCUAAUAAAAAUGACACAAGAAAAUGGAUUAUAGGUAUUCUCACUAAUCAGGGUUUAGAGAGCAGGGAUUCGUUUUAUGGAACUUCUGGUAGUUUAUAUGCUAUUAGUCCAGCCUUUCAUGUUUACUGGUCUUCAGGGAAGGAGAAAAAUGUUGUCUAUAGCCACUUGCAUCCAACUGCUAGGAUGUAUGAGGCUCAUCCAAAGCCUGUGGGAAUUGCUUUUGGAGGAUCUAUUGGCAAUGAGAGAAUAUUUCUGGAUGAGGAUUUUGCUGUAGUCACUCUACGUCAUCAUGCUGUUGACAAAACCUACCAGAAUGGUCCCCUUUUCCCCGGUCAGGGGUUUUUGCCACUUGAAGCUUCAAUAGUUGAUGUUGAGGUAUGGGGGUUGGGAGGGAAAAAAGCGAAAGAGAUGCAAAGUGCGUAUAAGAAGAGGGAGGAAAUCUUUACUCAGCAAAGGAGGAAGGUGGACUUGAAAACGUUUGGGAGUUGGGAAGACUCGCCUGAGAAGCAGAUGAUGGACAUGGUCACUGAUCCCAAUGCUGUCCGCCGCGAAGAUCGAUAGUCAUUAAGAUUCAGCUUCUGUCCCUCAAAUUUCAUACAGUAGUACUACUUAUGAAAACGUGUUCUGUACAAAAAUGUAUAUAAUCUCUGAAAGUGAAUACAAAAUGUUUAUCUUUCAACCUGUCGGUUGUCCUUUACCAUACACCUCUCUUAUGCCAUCUCUUCAAGAUAGUAGCUACACGUAGGGGAUGACAAGGUCCUGGUCGGAGACUCGGAGUCGGGAUCGGCUGGUUCGUGGGACCAGACUGGACCUUGGAUAGCAAUUUCGGCUAGGGAUGGGCCAUGGGUGCCGCCGUGCCGGACACGUGGGCAGCCGGAUACCGAUCCUGGUUAUGUAAUAUGGGGACCAUGAUUGGCCGAUCCAGUCUUGGUUCCUAUAAAUAAUCCGUUAUACGGAGUACUAUCGUAUUUAUUUCUCUCGGUCUUCUUACCUUCAACUCUCUAGUCUUCAUCAAUCUAUACUUUCUCUAUUUUAUUAUCAUAAUAGGUAGUAUUUCUUUCCCCACACACACAUACACACAUUCCCAAAUCCCUAUUUAAUAUUCUUCAUAAGUCAUGGACUCAUGGAAGCGUCUUUCACUAUAUCCGUUGCAAAGUCAAUUUACUAUAUUUCGUAAUGACGAGUCAAACAUGUUCUAUGUACAAUGUUUUCAUUGUUGGAAGAUUUUGUGUUUCGAAAAAUAAGAAAGUAGCAGUUAU